AUGUGGAGUCAGAGGAGCCUACAAGUGUAUUUCACAGAUGCACACGGCUCUUUAGGCGGACGUUCCGAUAUUGUUCUCCGCCUGAGCACUCAUUUUGACAAAAAAGACCUCUGGAAUUACGAAAAGCUUACCGAUGGGUGCCUAGCAACGCCUUUUAAUCGUCCUACAGUCUGCACUGCGGGGAAGACGAUUAAGCUACCAGAGGGCCCAUUAUGCCCUUCAGCUACAACCCAUGUCGCGUUGACAGUGCUGAAUCGUGGAUUUGCCGAUCUGUUGAGGUCUUGCAUCUGCCUCGGGUGGUUACCUAAUGAUGUGCGGAGCGACAUCCCAUCAGCACUGAAUCUCAAGCCGUUCGUAUCGCGACUCUCAAAUGGCUUUCCACCUGCUCAGUCGAUGACAGCACUGGGCUCAAUUAUGAGGAAGCAUACCAAACCAUUAUACAUAUCGAGAAUUUGUAAAAUUCUUCUCACCGAGCAGCUUCUACGACCUGAUGGUGUUGCGGGUUUGUUCUCGUCUGUCUUCGGCGAGGAUGUUUCUUCUUCAGAAGCUCCUCUAGAGAAACUUCAGUCAACUUCAGAUGUUCUCAAUGCUCUAUCCCGUAACUUUCCACCCGAGCAAUACUACCCGAUAAUGAUCCCACGUCUAUUGCACCUCUUAAGCCCGAGUAUGGACAAUAUAACACCCUCAUCUCAUAGGCGUGCUGCUGCAUUUGCAUUGUCGCGAAUGUUGACGACACACAAAGACGAAGAUGACAAAGCCAGACCCAAUAUUCAGCAAAGCGUCAUAAAAUGGUGUUUACUAGACUCCUUCCAGCCUGUCUCGCGCCCACCAUCCGUUGCUAUCUCCUUGGCCGAGGUAAAGAAGGGCGAUUCACCCACAUUUUCGUCAGAAGAUCAAUUAUCAAAGGCUCAGUCAAUUACCAAGAAUGCUCUCGUGCUACCACCCUCUCAAGCGGUGCCAAUGCUCUCAACGAUCCUCAUGAACACAGACCCAUCGCCAGAACUAAUCGACGUCCUUCUACAGCCCAUCACGCCUCAGCUAUAUGCACUUCUGGAAUACUACCGCCUGAGCCGAAUAGCUGACCCGGUGAUGCGCUCGACGAUUGAGGGUCUGUUGAAUAUCUGGGCACGAACGGCUGAAAAGCGUGAGGUCGUAGACGCACUGUGGAAGAUUGUUGAGGGUAAUGGUGGAGAAUGGGGCGUCGACAAUAAUGCCGAGCUGCGUGUUUUUCGAAGGUAG